AUGAAAAGCAACGGUAUUGCAGCCGACUGCCGUGUUUUCACCAUAUUAAUUGAUGCAUAUGCUAAACGCGGAAUGAUGGAUGAUGCAAUGCACAUAUUUGCGGAAAUGCGGGAAAAAGGAGUGAGUCCCAAUGUAGUCACCUAUGCCACUGUAAUAGGCGCACUUUGCAGAUUGGGUAGGCUGGCCGAUGCUAUGGACAGGUUCAAUGAGAUGACUGAUAUGGGUGUACAGCCGAACACAGCUGUUUAUCACUCCCUAAUUCAGGGUUUUUGUAUGCAUGGUGAUUUGGGUAAAGCCAAGGAGUUAGUUUCUGACAUGAUAAGCAAAGGUAUUCCUCGUCCCAACAUUGUGUUCUUCAAUUCAGUUAUAAACUAUUUGUGCAAAGAAGGAAGGAUUAUGGAUGCACAAGAUAUCUUUGAAUUGGUUAUAAUCAUAGAUGGGAAGCCUGAUGUCAUUACAUUUAACUCACUGAUUGACGGACAUUGCUUAGUCAGCAAGAUGGAUAAAGCAUUUGGAGUACUUGGUGCCAUGUUGUCAGCUGGCAUUGAGCCUAAUGUUGUUACAUAUAAUACACUUGUUAAUGGCUAUUCUAGAAAUGGAAGGAUCGAUGAUGGUUUGACUCUGUUCAGACAAAUGCCACGUAAGAGAAUAAAACCUGACAGUGCCACAUAUGGGAUCAUACUGGAUGGGUUGUUUCGUGCUGGGAGAACUGUUGCUGCAAGGAAAAUGUUCCAUGAUAUGAUCGAAAGCGGAAUAACAGUGAGCAUUUCCACAUACAAUAUUAUACUUGCAGGUCUUUCUAGAAACAAUUGUGCAGAAGAAGCGAUCGACCUGUACCAGAAAUUAGUUGCAAUGAAUGUGAAGUUCAAUAUUUCAAUAAUCAAUACCAUGAUCAAUGCAAUGUACAAGGUUAAAAGAAAAGAGGAAGCUAAAGAUUUGUUUGCUGCUAUAUCAGCGAGUGGGUUGGUUCCUAAUGCUUCGACUUAUGGAGUAAUGAUAAUAAAUAUUCUAAAAGAUGGAGCAGUGGAAGAUGCUAACAAUAUGUUCUCAGCAAUGGACAGGAAUGGUAUAGCUCCCUGCUCUCGUCUUAUAGAUAGUAUUAUCAGAAUUUUGCUGGAAAAAGGUGAGAUCACCAUGGCCGGACUUUAUUUGUUGAAACUUGACGGGAAGAACAUGCUACUUGAAGCUUCAACUACUUCACUGAUGUUGUCUCUCUUUUCAAGGAAAGGGAAAUAUAAGGAGGAUGUGAAAUUUCUCCCUGCAAAGUAUCAGUUUUUUGAUGGAUUUGGUUGA